CUUCUCUCCCAUUAACCAAAUGGCGACAAAUCACACCUCCGACGACGAAAGCACGCGCCUUUACCAUCCCUACCAAAACUACGAGCUCCCCAUCAACUCCCAAUACCUCUACAAACUCCCCACCUCCCCCGAGUACCUCUUCACCGAAGAGUCCCUCAAAAAGCGUCGAUCUUGGGGAGAGAAUCUCACUUUCUACACAGGAACCGGUUACCUCGCCGGAUCCCUCGCCGGAGCCGCGUCUGGAAUCGUCUCGGGCGUCAAGAGCUUCGAGUACGGAGACACGGCGAAGCUUAAGGUGAACAGGGUUUUGAACUCGUCUGGUUAUAAAGGAAGGUUGUUUGGUUGCAGGGUUGGGGUUGUUGGGUUGAUUUACGCGGGGGUUGAGAGUGGCGUUGUGGAGUUUAUGGAUAGGGAUGAUGGGUGGAGUAGUGUGGUGGCGGGGUUGGGGACUGGGGCGGUGUUUAGGGCGGCGAGAGGGGUGAGGUCUGCUGCUGUGGCGGGUGCGCUUGGUGGGAUGGUGGCUGGUGGGGUUGUGGCGGGGAAGCAGGUUUUGAGGAGGUAUGCUCAUAUAUGAAGAAGAAAGGAGUGGUCUUUGGGGGAAGAGAGGGUUAUGGGAAUCAUAAAGAUCAGAGCUUUGUGGGGUUUCUAGAGUAGGGUUCUGGAUUUUAUAUAGCUUAUAAGUGAUCUGUGAACCUUUUAAGUUAUAUUUAAUGAUAAAGUUUUACAUGAGUUGUUGCUUAUGUUUGGUGUUUGUUUUAUCUUUGUACACUCUUUAGUGUUCAUGUGUUAUUCACCUAUGUUUGAGGCCUUGUUUGUUGAUACCUUUCUAGUUGACAAUCUAAUCUCUUACUAGCAUUUCUGAGUUUUUUUUAACAUAUUUGAACAAGGAGUGGUCUGUGAGGAAGGGUUAUGGCCUUAUGGGAAUCAUAAAGAUGAUAGCUUUGUGGGGUUUCAUAAAGUAUAAAGUAAACUGCGAA